GAUUUUAUCGACUUCUACUACUUUCCAACACUUCGCCAUGUACGACCCAGAAGUACGAACAUUCACCGGAAACAGCUCAGAAGUACGAACAGUGAAACAAAACAAUACUAUGUCGGAACGCCACUCGCAAGCUACGUUGCGUCAUCACGCCGUCCCUGUAAAAUCCGAACUGGAGCACUCCAUCAACGAGAGCUCCAAGAGGCCACACUCACAGCCUCCCAGACCCAGCAGAGUCGUCGUCUUGGCUGACCUCAACGUUGACCCUCCUGAAUCCGACGUCCAUGGUUCCGUCCCCGUCUCCGACCCCGAUCUCACCAGGUUGACUAACGAUGAAAGUAGUCAAGAUAAGAGCAGCUUAAUGAGCAAAGACACUGAUACUGCCGAAGGAGAAGGUAAACAAUUAAAAAAAUUGGGGAAAUGCCGUUCAAGAAUUAGUAAGGUAGAGUACCCUGUUGAUUGUGGAGGUGAUGCAGAUGGCGAUCAGCAUGGUCAAGGGAUCCCCUCAUCUCGCGAGGAAAAAGUUAGCAGCCUCAAGACUGGUUUGGUACAUGUUGCAAGGAAGAUGCCCAAAAAUGCUCACGCUCAUUUUAUACUUGGGUUAAUGUAUCAAAGGAUGGGUCAACCACAAAAGGCAGUUUCAGCAUAUGAGAAGGCAGCAGAGAUCUUACUUCGCUGCGAAGAAGAGAUAGAUAGGCCAGAGUUGCUUUCAUUGGUCCAGAUUCACCAUGCACAGUGCCUUCUGCUUGGAAGCUUAGGAGACUAUAGUUCAGAGUCUUCAGACAAAGAGUUUGAACGUAAAGAUCUUGAGGAAAUUAUUUUUAAGUUGAAGGAGUCAGUGAAGUCAGAUAUUAGACAGGCAUCUGUUUGGAACAUUCUAGGCAUGACACUUCUUAAAGCUGGUCGUUUGCAGAAUGCUAUAUCGGUUUUGUCGUCUUUAUUGACUAUGGUCCCUGACAACUUGGAUUGCAUUGGAAGCCUUGGGGUUGCUUACCUUCAAAGUGGGAAUUUGGAGCUUUCUGCAAAAUGUUUCCAGGAUCUGCUUUUAAAAGAUCAAAACCAUCCUGCCUCUUUGAUCAACUAUGCUGCCCUUCUUUUGUGUAAAUAUGGUUCAGUUGUUGCAGGUGCUGGGGCAAAUUCUGGUGAAGGGGCUUUUGCGGAUCAGGUUACAGCCACCAAUGCUGCAAAGGAGUGUUUGUUAGCGGCAGUCAAAGCAGAUCCAAAAGCAGCACAUUUAUGGGCAAAUCUUGCUAAUGCAUAUUAUAUUAUUGGUGAUCAUAGAAGUUCUGGCAAGUGCUUGGAGAAGGCAGCAAAACUCGAGCCCAAUUGCUUGGCUACGCGAUAUGCUGUUGCAGUCCACCGAAUUAGGGAUGCUGAAAGAUCUCAAAAUCCUUGUGAACAGCUUUCCUGGGCUGGAAAUGAAAUGGCUUCAAUACUAAGGGAAGGAGAUUCUCUUCUAAUCGAGCCUCCAGUAGCAUGUGCAGGUCUUGCCUUGGUUCAUAAGGCCCAACAUGAGAUUGCAGCAGGGUUUGAAAUUGAACAGAAUGAACUGAUGGAGGUUGAAGAGCGUGCCAUCUUCAGUUUGAAGCAGGCAGUAGCAAAGGACCCAGAUGAUGCCAUACAGUGGCACCAACUUGGCCUUCACAGUCUUUGCACCCAACAAUUUAAAACAUCACAAAAGUACCUCAAGGUUGCAGUUGCCCGUCUUAAGGAAUGCAGCUGUGCGUGGUCGAAUCUUGGUAUCUCACUGCAAUUAUCAGAGGAAGAAUCACAAGCUGAAGAAGUAUAUAAACGAGCAUUGUCAUUGGCGACGGUUCAACAUGCACAUGCAAUAUUUUCCAACCUUGGGAAUCUCUAUCGGCAACAAAAACAAUUUGAGUUUGCCAAGGCAAUGUUUACAAAGUCACUUGAACUGCAGCCUGGUUAUGCUCCUGCAUAUAACAAUCUAGGCCUUGUAUUUGUUGCUGAGGGUCAGUGGGAGGAAGCCAAGUUCUGCUUCAGCAAAGCCCUCGAGGUGGACCCGCUGCUGGAUGCUGCUAAGUCUAACAUGCUGAAAGCAGCAGUCAUGAGCAGACUCUGUUCAGGAUAGUCCUCAUGUCUCUUUCAAGAUUGAUAUGUACUCAACUGAAGGAUAAUAGGUUACACCCAACAAUACAUGGCUGCAGCUAUAGCUAUGCCUUGCUCAAUGUCUCGUCCUUAAUGUUCCCUCCAUAAUAUCAAACACCAAACAAAUGGUAAAUCACAUCUCCUUCCCUUCCUCCUAGAACUAUCCAGAAGGCUGAUCUUGCAACAUAUUAAACCUAGUGACUUCUUUGCCCGAAAUGGCCAUGGCCAGUGCUAUAUUUUUACAUUGAGUCCAAGUGAACACCCCUUGGCUGCAAAGGAAAUGAUAGAAACAGCGGAAGGCGAUAACAUUGACCUACAAGCUCGCGACUUCUGCUGCUCAUUAUUCCAGCCACAUUACAGGCUCUCUCUAACAUUCUCAAGCAGGUAAUUGCCAAUUUAACAGAAUGCGGGGGAAGAAAUUGAUCGAUGUAGCACCUGGGAUUGGUAGACUGGUCGCAUCAUGCUUCUCGACGUGGCUGGUGCAUCUGCAAGUGGAAUUGACGUGAUCAGUGAUGCUUCAAGUUACAACCAGAGUCUACUUUUGUAAUUUGCCUUUGCUCCAGCACUUGUAUGACUUGCAACUUUUAACUGGCUGUGAGUCAAAUUAGCACGAUUGGGUCUGGUAAGAAGGUUCUGCUAGAAUCAUCCACUCUCACAAGCCAACCAAUAUUUUGUGGGAUUGUGUAUAAGCUCAGUAUCAUAUGUAUAUAUAUAUUUUUAUUAGUUUUAAUUCAAAUAAAUAAUAAUAAUAAUAAUGUGAAAUCGUGUGAAAAUGUUUGUCGGUGGUUA